AUGGAAGCGUACUGGGAAGCAACGAACGGUCAUGCACCACAUUCUUUGAAGUACGAAAGUGAGGCUGGUGGACCUGGAUAUACGUACUGCGGUGAGCCGGGACUGAACUUUUCCGCCAACAACACCACCUACAGCGAGGAUGAUGCUGACUUUCCACCCGGCCGGCGGGGCAAAACGUCACGGCAAGAUCCACUGUCCCAUCGGAUCAUUGAAAAGCGGCGCCGUGAUCGUAUGAACUCCUGCCUGGCCGACCUUUCGCGACUCAUUCCGCAGCAGUACAUGCGCAAAGGUCGGGGUCGCGUGGAAAAGACGGAAAUUAUCGAGAUGGCCAUACGGCAUCUGAAAAAUCUGCAAAACCAGGAGUGUGGCCGGGAAACGUCAUGCGCGGAACAGUACCGGCUCGGCUACAACGAAUGUCUGACCGAGGCGGCCAAAUUUAUGAUGCGUGAGCGUGGCGAAGAGAUGUGCUUCCGUAUGGUGGCACACCUGAAGGAACAUUGCAAUGAGAUUAUGAAGGGUGAGCUGACAAAGUCACGGUGCGGUGCCGAGCUGGCGAACGGUGGUAGUCCCAUCUAUCUGGCUAGUGGGCAGCUGGGACAUUUGCGGGAAAUGUUGACCUGUCCGUCGGAUCUCGAACACAGCAGCAACGACCAUCACGACGUGAAGGAUCUUAGCUUCCGUAGCGCAACGAGCACAAGCAGCAGCAGCCACAGUAACAAUCCACCGCAGGCCGCCGUCAUCACGUCGACCGCACCGAGCAUCGUGCAGCAUCUGGACACGUCGAGUAAUCACUCGACGCAGGACUACGAUGCACCGUCACCUCCGGCACGCAUGUCCGGCAGCCUGCAGCAGGACACGAACAACAACAUCAACCAGCACGAGGGUGUGCUGCGUACGAUCCGCAUGCGGAAGUUCUCCGAGCACGCGUCGCCCGAACAUGAGCAUAGUCAUAAUAGCUACAAAUUCAAAAACUACAUCCAGCAACGGUUCUCCCAGGACACGCACGAAAACGGACACGCGACCGAUUACGAUCGCAGUCCCGUAUCGCUGCAUGAAGACCAGCAUCUGCACCAACAUCCACACUCGCUGCGAGCUUCACCGCUGACCAACGGUAGCAGUGGUAGCGUUUCGGGCGCCGAUUCCAAGUCCUCCAGUACGAGCACCCUGACCGGAAAGUCGUCGACGGUCGCAUCGUCUUCGGAUGAGCCACUGUCACUGAAGCGAAAGAUGCCGAAUGGCACCAGUAGCAAUGGCGGGGAGUCCCCGGCCGCUGGAACAAUGGAAAAUGGUCUACUUCACCAUCAUCAGCAGCAGAACUCUUCGGAAUGUGCACCAAUGGAGAAGAAAUUAGCCCUCGCCAAGAACGGGCAUACGAUGGUAGCAUCCUCCUCCGUCACGCCGCUACCAGCGUCCGAGAUAAAGCACGAACUGCUGGCGUCAAUCGGUGGCAGCGGCGCGGUGGUAACACUCGGACCAAACCCAGCUCCAGCGUUCGCCCAUCAACAUCACCAUCAUCAGCAGCAGCAACAGCAGCAACAUCAUCACCACAGUUCCUACCUUCCGGUGCCGAUCUUUGCCUGCCACACGCAGGGUUUCUAUAUUCCGUUGAACGUAGAUUACGAAACACUGCUGCCAUACCUGAACGGGGUCGAUCUGCUCAGCAAAAGCUUCCUGCAGAUGCCUCCACUGCAUCCGAUCAGCAUCAGUGUGAACUACAGCCCGGCAACGCUGUCCGGCGGUGGGAGCAGCUUGCUGCUUAAGGCGUCCGCCGUUAAUGGUCUCAAUUCGCAAACAAAGGCCAAACUGGUCGAAGGCAUCAUUAACGGAUGUUAG